CUUGCUCACUGACGUUGAUUGCUGCACUAUACGCUGCUUCACGAACUCGGGUACUCGGGCUAACGAAGACAAUUUCUACACGCGCAAGUCUUGAGAAUUGAGGCGUUCCGGGACUCAAACACUGGCACCGGCGCUGAAGCCACCCAGGGCACGACGAUUGAACGUGAACUGCGAAUGGCAUCAGACAAUGAACAAGAUGUCGUGCCUCCACCUCCGACAAUCAGAAACGCUUACGACACCAUAAAGAUUCUACUGGCCACUGACAACCACAUUGGGUAUCUUGAAAGGGACCCAGUGCGAGGACAAGACUCCAUCAACACAUUCCGAGAGAUACUUCAAUUAGCCAUCAAGAAUGAUGUCGACUUCGUGUUACUCGGUGGGGAUCUCUUUCACGACAACCGACCGUCUCGGGAUUGUCUCUAUGAAGUGAUGGCACUCCUCCGCGAGUACACUCUCGGGGACAGGCCGAUUCAAAUCGAGCUAUUAAGCGACCCAGACGAGGGAAAGGCGCCUGGAUUUUCAUUCCCGGCGGUGAACUACGAAGACCCGAACUUCAACAUUGCCAUCCCGGUCUUCUCCAUUCACGGUAAUCACGACGACCCACAAGGUGCAGGCCCGCAAGGAGCUCUAGCCGCACUGGACAUGCUCUCUGUGAGCGGCCUCAUCAACUACAUGGGCAAAGUGGACCUCCCGGUCAACGCAGCCGAUGCGCAGCAGAGCGGCAUUGCAAUCAAACCCGUCCUCCUACGCAAGGGCAACACACGCCUCGGCAUGUACGGCGUCGGGAAUAUCAAGGACCAGCGCAUGCACUUCGAGCUCCGGAGCAACCGUGUGAAGAUGUUCAUGCCGCGCGACAAGGAUGACUGGUUCAACAUCCUGAUCGUGCACCAGAAUCGCGUUGCGCACGGGCCACAGCAGUCGGUACCCGAGGGUAUGUUCGACGACAGCGUCGACUUGGUCGUCUGGGGCCACGAACACGACUGCCGGAUCGUGCCCGAGUCUGUCGCCGGCAAGAAGUACUACGUAACGCAACCUGGAUCGUCCGUCGCCACAUCUCUUGCAGACGGCGAGUCGAUAGAGAAACACGUUGCGCUGCUGAAGAUCCAGGGCCAGGAGUUUGAGCUGACGCCCAUUCCACUUCGGACCGUGCGCCCGUUCGUGUUGGACGAGAUCGUCCUCAGCGAGAUCGCGGACGAGGAGAACAUCGACCUCGGGGACCGCAUGGCGAUCACCAAGUAUCUGAAAAAACGGGUCAAUGAGCUGAUUGACAAAGCGAACGCGCUAUGGGACGAACGGAACGAGCGCGCGGUCGCCGAAGGAGAGGACGAGUUACCUCGAAUGCUCCCCAUUGUCCGGCUCAAGGUCGACACCACCGGCGUCUCGGAACUCUCCAAUCCCGUGCGCUUUGGGCAGGAGUUCCAGGGCAGGCUGGCGAACCCGCGGGACGUACUCGUGUUCCACCGCGCGAAGGCAAGCGCGAAGCGCGGGCCGAAGGUCACCGCGGACCAGCCCGAGCUAAGCAUCGACGACCCCGAGCUGAGCGUCGCGGAGAAGCUCUCGAAGGUACGUGUGCAGACGCUUGUGCGGGAGUACCUCGCGGCGCAGGAGCUGCAGCUCCUGGGCGAGGCGGGCAUGUCGGACGCAAUCGAGACGUUUGUGGACAAGGAUGACAUACAUGCUAUCCAAACUCAUGUGAACGGCGCGUUGAAGGCGUUGAUGAAGGGUGUACAGGCGAAUGGGAAAGAGGACCUCUCCGACGACGGGCUUGACGAGAUUGUCGACAAGGUCAAGGAGAAGCACGAUCAGGAGUACCUGGAGCGGCGCGGCGAGGAGCAACCCACCAAGUCCAAGGGAAAGGGAAGAGCCGCGGACGACUCAGACGCCUCAGUAGAUUCCAUGCUGAUGGAUAUCGAUGCGGGUGGCUCUGACUUUGAGCAGCCCUCGGAGGAAGAGCGACCAAAAAAGAAAACGAGGGCACCAGCUAAGAAGGCAGCACCUGCCAAGAAAGCACCCGCGAAGGGUCGGGGCAAGAAAGCAGCUGUAUCUGACGACGAUGAUGAGAUCGAGGAAGACGAGGAGCCGCCACCCAAAACGACUAAGCGCACGAAUCGUGCUGCGGUUCUUAGUCAACUGACCACGACGAAGAAGGCCCCAGCAAAGAAGGCCACGGCGAAACAAGCCACCCUUAGCUUUGCCCCCUCUGGAAGAUCUUCGACACGCGCAGCAGCAUCUCGAGCUACGAAGAAGAUGGCCGAUGUGGUUGAACUGGAUAGCGACUGAGGAUCCUUGUCCACCAUGGCGUCGUGGUACCUAUCGUGUACAGUCCAGUGCCCCGAAUUGACUGCUUCCUUGGCAUGUUUCCUUUACUCCAGUCAAGUGCUGUGAUGCAUUCUGUAUAUGAGCCGCCGUGCCAGCCCUGCUCACAGAGGUGUGUCAUACUCGAAGUUGUCAACGAAUGAAGAACACUUCCAUGUCAUAACUACGGGUGUGCAGAGGAUCGUACCCAUCUUGGUCGGCACUCUCCCUUCGUUGUAACCGCAAGGAUCAUGGAACUAGAGACUGAGUCAGGAC